GGUUUUUUCUUUUCCGUAAUCCGUCCGAACAGUAUCAAACAAACCCAUAUCAAGUGAUUUUUUUCAUAAGGUAUCUAGUAUAGAAUAAAUAUGUUGUAUUUCUGGCUUUCAUUGUUUUCUAUUUCCCCUUUUCUAAUUUAUUACUAUACAGCCGGUCCUUCUUACUACUAAAAUACCUCUUCCUUGAACACCGGUGAACCGCAGACUUAUAGAAAGACGCAUCUUCAUGGUUUAUCCAUUUCUUGUUUCUACUUGUUACACUUGCUUAUAUAUUGGAUCCCUAUACAUAUUCGCGGUAGGAAGACCAAAGCCUGGUUUGGUUCGCAAUGAUCCAAAUGUAGUUUUGACACGAUGCAUUGGAGUAAUCAUUGCAUCUUUUUCAUCCUAUCUAUUUACAAAUUGGAUAUGUGGUGUCAAUUUCUUUGCUUUUUUAAAAUUUAGACAGACCGUAAAAUGCCUGCUUCAUGUAGGAAUACUAUUUUUGGGGCCAUUAUAUCAGACAAUCUUUAUUGAUAAAGUGUAUAAGAACCUCCUAGAAACGGUGUCCUUUGAAAUAAAAAAUCCAGCAACUUGGCGGAACCUAGUUAUUGGACCUCUAUCUGAAGAGGUAAUGUUUCGUUGUUCCAUAAUUCCUUUAUUCGAAAAAGCAAACUACUCUCAGAAAGAAACUAUCCUCUCGGCUCCCCUUCUCUUUGGGUUUGCCCAUUUUCAUCAUUCCUACGAGUUCUUACUCAGUUACCCCGGAGCAUACGUAGUUGCAAUGAUACAGUUUCUGGUGCAAUUUUUCUAUACAACAUUGUUUGGAUGGUAUAGCACUUAUGUAUUUCUAAACACUCAUAGCAUAUGGCCUACCUUUCUAAUUCACUCUUUUUGCAACUUCAUGGGACUUCCGGUAUUUUUCGGAAGACUUGGAACAACUUUUCAGACGACUAUGUAUUAUACUUUACUCAUCACUGGUCUCUUUCUUUUUGUCAUUACCUGGAGUAUGUUUUAUUCGUAAAGUUGGAUAUUAAGUAAGUGCUAGUCCCAAAUUUUUAGUUUGUAAACAUAAUGAAAGGAUUUAUAUCUCAAACGCCCGUGGAUUCAUUUGCGAUUUUGCUA